AUGGAAAAUCUGGUUUUGGUUCUUGGUUUUUACUGUCGAUCACCCAGAACAGAACUUUCAGGAAGUCUGGGACGAUACUGUACCAUCUUCCAGGCAGAAAUCUAUGGCAUCUUGGCUUUUGCCAACCUAGGACUAGCCAGACAGUACCAAUACAAAAGGAUAGUGAUUUUAUCUGAUUGUCAGGCUGCUCUCAAAGCUCUUGACUCAAAUGAAGUCACCUCAAAACUGGUCUGGGAGUGUUUCAACACCCUCUGCAGACUUGCAUCACAGAACUCUGGAACUCUCGGCUGGGUCCCAGGCCAUGUAGGCAUUGGCGGCAACGAGAGUGCAGACAAGCUGGCAAAAAAAGGUGCGAGCAUGCCACUCUUUGGACCAGAGCCAUUUUGUGGCAUCAGCAAAGCGGCCACUAAACAUGUAAUCAACAAAUUGUCCAGGGGACAACACCUUGAGCGUUGGCGUAAUUAUCCUGGACAAUCACUUGGCAGAAAACUGCUCUCAGAACCUAGCACCCUCUUCACUCGCUGGCUGCUAAAGCUGGGGAGAGGGCAGGUCAAGCAGUUACUUGCUCUUAUCACUGGACACGGCCAUUUCAGGAAACACAUCCACACUCUAGGAAUUGUCAAUGACAAGCAGGAGUGUCGACUUUGUAACCAGUCCGAUGAGACUGCAAAACACAUUAUUCUGGACUGCGAUGGACUACGGGCUAGGAGAAGGGCUCUGUUUGGUCUAAAGCAGCCAGGUGAUGAACCAGACGCUAACAUUGGGCAAAAGCUCCUGCCCAGCUUAUGCAACUCAUGUUCUUGCGGUUUACCAACACUGAGUGGAAAGGUAAUAGUCCUAGGAGCUGGUGACACGGCGUUUGACUGUGCAACUUCCGCUCUCCGUUGUGGAGCCUCCAAAGUCUUUGUCGUCUUUAGAAAAGGUUUUACCAACAUCAGAGCAGUACCAGAGGAAGUUGAGCUUGCAAAAGAAGAAAAAUGUGAGUUUCUACCAUUUAUGGCUCCAAAGGGCAUUAUUACCAAGGAUGGUAAAAUAACUGCAGUAGAGUUCUACCGAACUGAACAAAAUGAUGAAGGAGAAUGGGUAGUUGACAAAGAACAAUCAACGAGAAUAAAAGCUGAUUAUGUAAUAUCUGCUUUUGGUUCAGGAUUAUAUGACUCAACGGUGAUUGCUGGGCUGCACCCUCUGAAGCUAAACUCUGACAACCUCCCUGUGGUCAACACCCUGACGAUGCAAUCCAGCGAGGUGGAUGUGUUCGUAGGAGGAGACUUGGCUGGAAUCUCAGACACAACUGUAGAAUCCGUCAACGACGGCAAAACUGCAGCCUGGUACAUUCAUUGUUACAUCCAGAAGAGUAAUGGGAAGCCAGUGGUUGGACCCCCACAACUACCUAAGUUCUACACCCCCAUAGAUGAUGUUGACCUCAGUGUUGAGAUGUGUGGAAUCAAGUUUAAAAACCCGUUUGGACUCGCUUCGGCUCCCCCCACCACCUCCAGUGCUAUGAUCCGCAGAGCUUUUGAGCAAGGAUGGGCAUUCGUUGUCACUAAGACAUUUUCUCUGGAAAAGGAUCUGGUCACUAAUAUCUCUCCAAGGAUCAUAAGAGGAGUGACAUCCAGACACCUCUAUGGUCCAGAGCAAGGAUCUUUCCUCAACAUUGAGCUCAUCUCAGAGAAGACAGCAACAUACUGGUGUCGCAGCAUCACAGAGCUCAAAAGAGACUUUCCUGACAGGGUGGUGAUAGCAAGUAUCAUGUGCACCUACAACCCAGAGGACUGGACAGAACUAGCCCAGAUGGCUGAGGAGGCAGGAGCAGAUGCUUUGGAACUUAACCUCUCUUGCCCUCAUGGGAUGGGCGAAUCUGGCAUGGGAUUAGCAUGUGGCCAGGAUCCAGUACUGGUGAAGAAUAUUUCAUUGUGGGUCCACGAUGCAGUUAAAAUCCCCUUCUUUGUCAAAUUGACACCAAAUAUCACCGAUAUUGUUGCUCUAGCAAAAGCGGCCUAUGAAGGUAAAGCCAGUGGUGUAUCUGCCAUAAACACAGUUCAAGGACUGAUGUCCGUAAACAGUAAUGGAGAGCCAUAUCCAGCUGUUGGGCAAGAGAAGCUAACAACUUAUGGAGGAGUGUCGGGUAAUGCUGUUAGGCCGAUGGCCCUCAAAGCCAUUUCUGCCAUUGCGAAGGCACUUCCUGGCUUCCCUAUUCUCGGUAUUGGAGGCAUUGACUCGGCAGACAGUGCUUUACAAUUUCUUCAGUGUGGUGCAACAGUAUUGCAGGUUGGUAGUGCAGUACAGAAUCAAGAUUUUACUUUGAUUGAAGACUAUGAAACUGGUCUGAAAACACUUCUUUAUCUGAAGAGCAUUGAUAAAUUGCAAGGAUGGGAUGGUCAGUCACCCCCUACUUCGGUGCACCAAAAAGGAAAGCCUGUUAUGCAUUUGCUUGAUUCAAAUGGAAAGGUACUUCCUCAUUUUGGCAAGUACAAAGAGAAAAGAGAUCAACUCCUUAUGAAGGCCAAAUUAGAGGACCCUAUGGUAGGGCAAGAGGAUAUAAAUGAUCCAGAAAGACCUAUCCCAUCAGAGAGGCCAGUGCCUAAGGUGUUGGAUGUUGUUGGAAGUGCUCUUCCAAGGAUUGGGGUCUACAAACGUUUGGACAGCAGCAAACAAGUUGUUGCACUGAUUAAUGAUGACAUGUGUAUAAACUGUGGGAAGUGCUACAUGGCUUGCAAUGACUCUGGAUACCAAGCCAUAGAGUUCGAUCCUGCCACACACAUUCCACAUGUCACUCAGGACUGCACAGGAUGCAAUCUUUGCGUUUCUGUUUGUCCCAUUAUAGACUGCAUCAGUAUGGUCCCCAAACAAAUACCUCAUGUGAUCAAAAGGGGAGUUCCUUUGUCUAUCCCGAAGGAAAAAGUGAACAAGUUCCGUAGAUUUUCAUCUGGAGAGAUUCAAUAGGAACCACAACUUCGACAUGACAUGCAGUAGUACCCAAAGAACUAGUACAAAAAACACUGUCUCCAUAGGUUGAAUUUCAUACAAAUUAAUAUUAAUAGCUUACUACCAAAUUAUAGUAGUUCAGGGUUUUCAUUCCUUACUACUCACUCAAUGUAUUGUAACAAUAAAUUUAUUCCAAUAUU